GAGGGCUGCUUUCUCUAGCGGUAACGUGGCUGGAUCGUCGGGAGCGACCCCAGGGGCGAUGACCCCAGUGACUCCAGCAGGCAGCACAGCUGACUCUGAGAAAAACACUGAAUUCCAGGAGAAUGAAAAGAUUCUGUCUCAAGAUUUUCUCUCAAUUGACCAGAUCACUGACCUGCUGAGAGAGGCAGACAUAGAUGGAAUUCAAGAGAAAAUGAGAGUAUUUCUGAAUUUCAAAAAUCUCCAGACUUGCUUAAGAGAUGCCAUUCUCUUGGACUACUAUGUGUCCGGAUUCUUUUGGGCCAAAGAGAUGGACUUUUCCCUCGACCAAUAUUCAAAAUUUAUGACCCUGCUGGACAUGUUACUGCAUAAUCUUCAAACGCUCCAUAUGUCCUUAGAGGACAGCAUCAAGUGGCUCGGGGAAGUGAUGGCGGAAAUUGGACCAAACCGUUCACUGAAGAACGAGGGGUUGCACGUCUUUGAUGUCAAAGAAGCCAACGCCAUCAUCGAUUACUUGAAAGUCAGCUUAUUCCAGCACUACAGGCUCUAUGAGUUUAUGUUCUACUCGACCAGAGAAGAAAUUGUCAUAGGAACCGCGCAAACCAUCGAAGUUGUCAAGCCUGCAGACCACCCUUUUCCAGCCCCACUGGAGGAAGGGAUCUCCUUGGACAUAUUUUCAGCCUUCAUAGAGCCAUCGCCAACACCAGAGACUGAACGGAAGGCGCUGGAUCAAGAGGAAAGCCCGCUGGAGGCCCAGGCAGAGAGUGAGGCGGCAGAGGUGGAUCCUUUAGUCGGUUUCACCAUUGACGAUGUAAAAUCAGCCCUGGCUCGAGUGACAGAUGAGGUUUUGUUGAACAUUCAGAACGAGAUAAAGGAAAAACUGCAAGUCCAGGAAGAGGCCUUUAACGCACGAAUAGAGAAACUGAAAAAGGCCUGAGGACUCGGAACAAGCAAAGUGAUGCCGAACUUCAGAGAAACAGACAAAACUGGCCAGAAUAAUCGAUUCUCUGGAGUGCUGUGUUGCAUCCACGCAGCCGUGAAAGGAAAGCCCACUUUUCCUCAUGCAGGCUGAUUAGCAACGCGCUCUCCUGCCCCUCCUGUCCCACAUCCACCUUUGAGUUUGCAGUGCCAAACACAGCUACACUGCUCGGUGUGGAAGAGUCUGGAGCGUCACAUAGGAAAAUAUAAUUCCUGUUAGGACAACCCUAUGUUGUUUUGAGUAAUAAACAUUAUUCCUCUUCUACGGGAAUGAAACCAGUCUUUUGAAAUAACCCCCCAAAAAUGUAGAAAAAUUAAGUUUUUACCAUUUUGGGCUAGAUGGCCUGUCACAUUGGGGUAGCACUGUGAGGAGGGGCCACACCUUACUGUGAUGGGCAGGCUUGCUAACAAGAGUCAUCUGGUCAUCCUGAUCCUGGCGCGUACUGCAGGGCUGCUUUUGUUUUGUUGGUUGUUGGGUUUUUUUUUUUUUCUUAUUUAACUCAUUUGAGGUUCUUAUUUAAACGUUUCAGUGUGAAACCAAUUUUCUGAAAUUAUAUAAUGCAGUUCGAAGCAUUUUAAUUUAUUCUGCACUGUUUUUGCUGUUUCU